CAACCAAUCCUGAAUCUUUUAAAGUUGAGUCCUCCCUUGCCUCCCACGUACGACUGUAAUUAUUUUUAAAAGCUUAAAUUGAAUACCCACCGAUUCACAACUCAAUUGACUCGCGAACGGGAGGGAACAAUGACGGCGGAAAAUGGCACGACGUUUUGCGAGGGAAUGUACUCUAAACUUAUCGAUUCUGAUGGUCCAUAUGACGAAAUGAACUCUCCAAACGUGCGGGAGCAACAUGUUGUUCAUGUCUCUCCAGCAAAAGGCAACUCCAGGCAACCUUACAAACUGGCCACAGCAUGCCUGACUGGGCUUUGUGUGAUCCUGCUUUUAGUCCUUGUGGUGAUGAGCUCACGUAGGAAUGUCUCUGAGGUGAUACCUGAUGCCUCCGCUCAGCAGCAGACUCUUCCUGUGAACAUCACAGAACUGAUGGAGCAAAUUAAGAACUUGGAGAAGGAGAACAAGGAGCUAGAGACAGAGAAGGAUAUCCUGGAGAAGAGGGUGAAGGCCUUAGAGGCAACCCCCUCCCCUCCUCGUCCUUCUCCUGCACGUGAGACCACUGUGGCGCCGGCCGCCUCCCGGUCCCCACCGGGCCUGCCCAAGUGCCCAGCCGACUGGCACCGCUUCCAGGACAGCUGCUACUACAUCUCCCGCACGACGCUGACCUGGAGCAGCAGCCAGCAGUUCUGCCAACGGAGAGGGGGACACCUGGCUAUCAUCCAUACGGCAGAAGAACAGACAUUCAUUUGGAACAAGCUGGUUCGGGGACACUGGAAUGCCUACUGGUUUGGAAUCACCGAUGAGAAGGCGGAGGGGACUUGGCACUGGGUGGAUGGCACAGAGCUGGAUAUGAAUACUGCUUUUUGGGAGGAGGGGGAGCCCAACAACCACAUCGACGAGGACUGCGGCUACAUCGUGAAGACGCAGGUGCUGAAUCGCGUUCCGAUCAAGAGCUGGUACGACGCACCGUGCGAGAUGCACUGGCGCUUUGUUUGUGAACUGGAGUUGCCGGCCGUCUCCACGACUGCACCGCAUGCAUAGAGGGGAAAAUGCUGAUGCGGUGCACAGGCUACUCCUACUCGCAGCUUGUGAAAUAUAUGUGAUAAAAUCACACGGAGAAGAAAUGAGAGUGUGAACAUUCUUUUCAAUGAGGAGCACUUCCCUGUUGCCGUAGUUUGUUCUGCUUUGAGAGAGAGAGAGAGAGAGAGAGAGAGAGAGAGGGAGAGAGAGAGAGAGAGAGAGGGAGAGAGAGAGAGAGAGAAUUGUAAAUAAACUGUACAUAUGUUGUUUUGAUAUAGACAAAUGGAAUGGGAUGUUUUAUUAACUGGAACUGAUUUCAGAUUUCAAAUUAUGUGUUGUUAAGACUUGAAAAGUAAUUGUCCUAUUCAAAGCAUUGAUAGUUAUAGAGGUAUUAGUCAAAUAUGGCAAGGUAGAGGGUUUGAUUACCAGCUAUAAAACAUUUGUACCUGAUCUUUGUAUAUAAAAAAAAUGAAGAAUAAAACUUGACAUGGUACAAAAA